UUUUAUAGAGAUACUAAGAGCAUGGACCGUUGAAAAGUCAUCUGUUCAUUUGCCAGCUGACCGCGCCGCUCUCGUGUCUCAUUAUCUGUUAUUCGUGUUUCUUGUAUCUGGAGGGAUUAUUACAGCUAUUGAAAUUGUCACCGAGUUGAAGAAUGGGCAAUGAGCCAAUAGUAUGAAGAUAACGCCACGUCGAGAUUCCUGACAAGUUAAGACAACACAAGACUAGAAGGCUUGUUAUUUUAUUUGUUUAUUAUUAUUUUUUUUUUUUCCUUGUCCUGCGGUUCCUCCUGCACCAUGUCCGGGAACGACGUGGGGAACCAGGUGAUCCUUGCCACGGCGAGCUAUGACCACACCAUCAAGCUGUGGCAAGCCCAUAGUGGCAUCUGCCAGAGGACUCUCAAGCAUCCGGAGUCUCAAGUCAAUGCCAUGGAGAUCACUCCAAACCGUCAGCAGCUGGCAGCAGCAGGAUACCAACACAUCCGCAUGUACGACCUCAAAUCUCUGAGUGAGGAUCCUGUCAUCAACUUUGAAGGCAUCAGCAAAAAUGUGACAGCACUUGGCUUCCAGGAGGAUGGGAAGUGGAUGUUUACUGGAGGAGAAGACUCCACAGCCAAGAUAUGGGACCUGAGAUCAUACAACUUGCAUGUGUCACGGAUCUUCCAAGUGAACUCACCUGUCACCUGUGCCUGCCUGCACCCUAACCAGGCAGAGCUCUUUGUUGGAGACCAGUCAGGUGUUAUCCACAUCUGGGACAUUAAGACUGAACACUAUGAGCAGUUGAUCCCAGAAGCAGAUGCGAGUAUUCAGAGCAUCGCCAUAGACCCUGAGGGCACCUACAUGGCAGCUGUCAACAACCGGGGCAAGGCGUAUGUGUGGCGGCUCUCAGGCGGCACAGGAGAGAGCCCCACUACCCUUACCCCUGCCCGCUCCAUCCACGCACACAACAAAUAUGCCCUCAAAGUCAGGUUCAGCCCAGACUCAACCAUGAUGGUGACUACCUCAGCAGACCACACUGCCCGAAUUUGGAAGACUGCUGAUUUCUCCCAGAUGACAGAGUUAAAUGAGAGCAACCAGCGAUGGGUGUGGGAUGUGGCAUUCUCAGCAGACUCACAGCACAUCAUUACUGGUUCCUCAGACAAUGUUGCCAGGUUGUGGUCAGUGGAGAGUGGGGAAGUGAAGAGAGAAUACAGUGGCCAUCAGAAGGCCAUCUCUGCAAUAGCCUUCAAGGAUGUCUUGUAUCCCUCCUGAGACCCAGCCAAGGAUGAUGGUCAGAGAAGGAGAGGAAGUUGUGGAAGUGCCCUUCAAUCAAAGUGGUAAUAAGAACUAGAUGGAGAGGUGCUUUAACAGAUCAUUCUUAAUAGAAAAAGGAUGAUAGAAAUAUGAUAGAUAAGGGAAGUUAUAUUGAUAGUUUGUGAUGGAUACAAGAUACAGAUCAUUUUAAUUAAAAGGCUAGGAGUGAUAAAGAAGUGACUGAAUGCACACCAGUAUUUUUCUACAUCUUUAAUUGAGGUCAGUAUUAGGAAUGCCGUGGUUAGAGAAUAUUGGUCACUGAAUUUGCCCAUCAUGACGCUCAAGUAGUAAUUGCCUCCUCAUAGUGUGUUGCUUGAAAGUUGCUAGUUGUUCCUUUCAAACUGUGAUCAAGAGGUAGGAGUUCCUAGUGUUCAUGAACUAAGAAUUCAUCUACUUGAUGGUUGGAAGGUACCAUGUUAAGAUAAAUUUUCCCUGGAAGAUUUUUUAUGAAGUAAAAAAGAUACUUAAAAGAUUGGACUGAUGUAGAGAGGAACUUACAAUGUAUCAAGUGGCAGGACAAAAUAUGAGUGAGACUGGAUUGAGGAAAUAUAUUGUAGGGUAUAAGGACAGGAGCACGGAGAUUUCAUAGCAGGACUACAUUUUUGAAGGGCUUCCAAGGAACAGUUAUUUGAAUAGAUGGACAACAGCUUUUUACAAUGGAUGGUAUUGUCACAGUUUUUUAUGCAAGUCUUUCCUGAUUCUUGGUCUUGGAAACUCCAGCAAAGGAUGGCCAUGGUACGAGUUGAAAAGUUACCUUUCCACUUCUCCUUUUACCUCAUUUUUGCACACUUCAGUUUCUUGCUGUACUCGUUAUUUCACUCACCUACUCCCUUCAAGUGACGAGACCAUCAGGAAGCAGGAUUGAUCAUGAUACUGUGAAAGAUGCUAAGUGUGAGGAAAAAUUUUAAGGAGCAGGUAUAGAGUAUGUCAUUGAAAUUUACUAAAUAAGGUAAUGUACAAUCGAGUAAAAUGCACCACCAUCCUAACUAUGGUACAGAAUAUAUCAUUAUAGUUUGCUAAUAUCAGAGGGAGUAGCCAUUGAGUUUUGUUAACUUGUGCACAUUUUCUGCCAUCUUAAUUAUAUUAGCUAUUAACUAUAUUAGGAAUGCAGGCUAGAUAUUAUGGUUGUGGAGCUUUAUUUAAUUCUUGUACCAUAUCAUGAGUGAAGAUGCAGUACUUGCUGUUGAAUUUGCCUCACACUCAGCAGUCUUCAUUGAUAGGCGAUGUAUAGUUAUCAAGGUAGCUUUUGUUCUAGUCAAGUGUAAUACAGUAUGUGCAGCCUUGACACCAUGGGGCUGACCUAAUUUCUUUUCAUUAUAAAUGGAGGCGGCUCACAACUAUCUUAUUAGGUAGGCAUGAUGUUCUGAUGCUCUUAGAACAUCGUGCAACCUUAUAUGCUCUAUGGGGAAAAGGUGUCUAAAUUACUUCAGCUGUUCAGCUUAUGUAGAGAAACCAUCUGUCCAUCUGGUGUGCUAGAUAAUGCCUAACUGCACUACUAUUUUGCUACUUUCCAUCCUCUCAACAUUCCUAAAAUGACAAGCUAGGAAAAAUGUAAGGUGGUAUUUAGAAUAUACAAAGCUAGCCAUGAUCUUCCAUUUAUUUCCAUUCAAAGAGGAGUUAGGCCAAAGACAAUAUCAUGGUUGAUACAACAUUACAACUGGUGAGACUACUGUAUCCACCCAACUCCCAAAGUUUGGCAGACACUUAUCUUCAGACAGAUUGCUGAAGAACCAAGGCUGACAGCAUGUGAAGUCAAGACUUAGGAAAUUGGGCAAAUGCAGGAGCCUCCUCACAUUGUUGAAAAGCUGUACCAACCUCGAUGUUGUUCUCAGCACAACUCUAGUUUGAGUGGAAAUAAAUGGGAGAUCAUGGCCAGUCUUGUUUAAUGUAAACACUAUGUUCCUCCUUGCUUUUAAUAAUUUUGUGGGUGAUGAGAGGUGGGAAGCAGCAAAAUAGUAGUACAGUUAGCCUUUGUUUGGCACACCAAACAGACACAGCACACCCUCUGCAUCAGCUGACCAGCAAACUGAAGUGACUCUCCCAAUUGUCUGUUCCCAGCAGAGCAUAGAGGAUUAUCAGUGGGUGUUCCCAAAGCAUCAGAACAUCUUGCCUUACUAGGGAGAUGAGCCUCCUCCAUUUACACUGAAAGGUAAAGAAGUCAGCCCCAUGCUGUCCCCCUUCCUCUCUCUCUAUUCUUUCACUUCCAUGCAUUGAUGAUGUAAAGGUGAUGGGGCAAAAAAACAACAACAAUGAAGGCAACUGAAUACAGUUAAGGAUAUGUGUAAAUAUUUUUAUUAAUUUGUAAUAUAGUUUUAUAAUAAUGAAGUGCAACUAUCAGUGCUAGGUAGUUAAGUUAUGUAUGUACAUGUACAGAGUGAUGAUGGAGGAGAUAAACUGGCUACAGUGGCAUUGAUGCUUCAAGUGUAGUAGUGAAAGGAUAAUGAAAUGUAACAAAUUCACUCAGGCCUUGGUGGUUGGUUGUCUUGGCUUGAUCCAUAAGGCAUCUAAUUUUGAUAUCUGUUCAUGUCUUGCCUAAGGAAUGAUCCUAGUAAAUACCUCACUAGCAAGAUUUGCAGGUAUAUUUCUGUUUCAAUGAAAUUCAGGAAAUUCAUCUGAAUAUAAAAAAGAAUUAGCAUGAGGUAUUAUUCCAUGGGAAUCUGGUCUCAGGCAGGACAUAAUAGAUGAGUCUGACACCUUCACUGAUCAGGCCAAAAUUAUUACUGAUGUCUGUGUUGAUUUGUCACCUUUGACUGUACUUUCACCACCUAAGGAUGACCAAGAAAUGUUGUGUCUGAGUAUUAUGACUUUUCUUGGUCAUCCUUAGGUAGUGAAAGUAUAGUCAAAGAAAGGUGACAAAUCCACACAAACAUCAGUAAUCAUUUUGGCCUGAUCAGUGAGGUGUCAGACUCAUCUGUUGUGUUCUGCCUGAGACCAGAUUCCCAUGGAAUAAUACCUCAUGCUAGUUUUUCUAUAUUCAGAUCAAUUUUCCUAAAUUUCACUGAAACAGAAAUAUACCUGUAAAUCUUGCUAGUGAGGUACUUACUAGGGAGCAUACCUUUAGCAGGACAUGAGCAGAUAUCAAAACUAGAUGCCUUAUAGAUCAAGCCAAGACAACUAACUAAUCACCAAGGCCUGAAUGGACUUCUCACAUUUCACUAUACAACCUAUAUAUAUCAUUGCACAAUCAAUAUCUAGGAAUAAUUCAUUGUUUGAUACUAUUGUUGCUUAAAUGGAAUAAUAAUAUUUGUAAUUAUUUGCACAGAUCAUGAGCCUCAAGGAAGCAGGUCAUACAAUUAGAGAAAUGGCUAAAAACAGUUUGUAGUAUCCAGGACAAAACAAACAUUAUUGUUACUGUGUGUGGUUCAGGGGAGGAGGGUAAUUGUGAUACACUGAAACUAAAAAGGUUGUUUGGGUGCUCGAAAAGGUUGUUACAGUCUUAAUUAAAGCUUCCAGUGGUCUUGACAUCAGACUUUACUGCAAGUAUGAAAUCAGUAAAGACAAAUCCUAUUUGUCUUUCAGGGAUGCCCAGACUGUUUCUACAGUAGAUCACAAUUCCCUUCCUCUCUGAACUCCCAUGACCAAUGCUCAACUUGUAGUGGACCCUGCCAACUCAUCAGUAUUUCUCAAACUGACCUACUUCCUUAAGGCAGCUCAUGAACUGAAUGGUUAUCUCAAAUGAAUGUACUCUUUCAUUUUAGCCACAUUAGCAAACAAUGAAGUGUCAUAAGAUAUUGUGCAGUGUGUAAUGUACUGUGUAAUUUAGUUCCUUGGUCUGCUAAAUGUUAAGUGUAUUGUGGAAGUUAGAGGAAGUGUGGGUAUAAAAAGGUGAGUGUAUUGGUUUCUUGGUCUACUGUCAAGUGUUUCGUAGAGGUGAAACAAAAUGGAUGUAAAAGGUGAGUGUAUUCCAGACUAGUUUGACCAGUUACUUCUUAAGGGGAAUACGGUAAAUUAUGGUGCCAGCGUGCUGUGUGAACCAGGACUUGUAGACAACUAUGCUCACCGAGCAGGCCUGGUGAGAAGUGCAUAGCUUGCUUGACACCCUGCACAUUGGUACUGAACUUACUAAUCCACUGAAGAAGCACCUGGAGAAUCAAACCUGGUCCUGAACUUUUGCCAAGUUAUACAAACAGAACAAACAAUGGCUAUUACUAUACUUCCACAGCUUAAUGAUUUUAUCUCAUAAUUGCUGUACAGGAUGUAACACGAGAUUGAAUACUGUAAUUGCUGUACAGGAUGUAACAUGAGAUAGAAUACUGUAAUGUCCCAAAACCUGUAGAAAUGAUGACUGCAUAACUCACAUGACCACUGAACAAUCCGUGUCAACACAUUAUCAUUUCUUCAAGUUUUUGUGCAUUACAGUAUGCUGUGUAAUGAGACAAGUAGUACAGGUGAUUUACUGAUAAACAUUACACAUAUGGCUAAACAAAGCCUCAAAAUGCAUGUCAAUUGAACAUUUCCUAUUCAUGAUAACUUGUACUUUCAGUGGUAUCACCAGAAACUAGUGUUACACCCUGUAUUUUACAUGGCUUUUGCAAUUAUUACAUCCUAUCUUAUUUAGAAAAUAAAGAACAGUAUAAUUGCAGAAGUGAAAUCUAUCAAAGAAAUAUUGUAUGUUAAUUUUAGUCCAACAAUCAUAUUCCUAAAGACCACUGAAAUUCAUCUUCAUCGCAAUGACUAAAGCCUGUAGGUGUGAGACUACAAAUAAAUUAAUACCAUUAACAGAUAUAUGAUCACAUGGCAGUAGCAUAUCAGCACUGUUCACAGACUGACUUUGGCUCAGACUGCUCAGUUCAGGUCACUAGAUCAUAGUCUGGAAUGCGCCAACCUCACUCCACCCAUGUAGCUUCACAAGAUGUUCCAGUAAAAGUGUCUAUGGCAAUUCAUUGCUUACAUCUUAAAAAUAAAUCCUGCCAAGAGGCUCUUACUCAAGCUGCCUGUGAGUAUUGGACACGACAGCCAACGAGUUACAAAGACAUGAGGUCUGCAGUGCAAUGCUAGGCAGUGCAGAGAAAAAUACAAUACAGCUUUAUGAAUAAUCAGGAUAUCUUCAGUUAAGAAAGAUUUGUGGAGCACAACCCAAUACUGUUUUCUUUCCAUUCCUUAGAGGUCUCCAUAAUAUGAACCCCACUAGUGCUCUAUCAACUCUGACUGAAAAACAAUUUGAUUAACAUUGAAUUCCAAACACACAAAACAUCAAUGAUUUGACCUGUGAACUGUAAUGGGGUCAAGGCUUGGAAGACAUUCUCCAACACCUGGGGAAAACAGAUUAUGGGAAGCAUGGUGGUAAUAACAUCACAGCAGCACUACAUGACAGUUAAGGAGAAAAAGGGAAUGGUAGGCACAUCAUCGGCCAUCUUUUAUAUCAAGCCGAUACUAACUGAACCAAAAACAAAUACAUUCAACCAAAUAAAAUAUGUACAUAAAAUAAGAUUACUACACUUGAUAUAUUGUUUUGUAUAAUAAACUGAAAUGUAAAAACAUUUAGAAAAAAAAAAAUCACUACCUGAAUAAUAAUAAUUCAUAUUAAUUGAAUAAUCGAGUAUAAAAUAUACCUGCCAGAACGAGA